GUUGUUGAUCCGAUAGGGUACCUGUAGGGCAGAAGAUGGGGGAGGAUAGUAACAAGUUUCUUAGCCUGACAAUCAUAAGUUAUGGCUGUGUUUUAUGGGGACUGUUGUAAACUACGGUAUUGUUAAGGUGUGGACAAAGCUCUGUUGGUGUUCCCAAAAUGCAGAGGCCACCGUUAUCAUAACAAACGUACAUUAAAAGUCUGAACCAAGGGAGGGAGGAGCAUCCUGGUUAGCUCAUCAUUUUGGCGAGGGAAUUUGGGUUGUGCUGCCGCGAGGUGGAUGCGAGCGGGGCUGGUUCAUCUUCUCUCUCAUUUUUUCCUGUUGUAGGGCACAGGUCUGCAGUUUUUUUUUUCCGCCUCCCUUGACAAGCAACCUUCUCAUUUCAUCAUCGUCCUCCCUUUCCUCACCACCCACUCUCUUGCCAUUAAUUCAUCCGCGGUAUCAUCCUCCAUCCCUUUUAUCAUCCUCUGCCCCUCCAUCUCACUAUCUCCCUCUCGAGUCCUAGCAUCAGGCUUCCCUAAAGCUUGCCUUUUUCGCGCUCUUAAACGUUCUUCAUCAAUCGAAAUGCGUGAAAUUGUAUUUACCCCCCGCCUGAUUUCCCCAUGAAACCCCUUGGUUGUGCUAGAUCCUAGGCCUUCCUCUAUCCCGCUCGCCCUAGAGUUCUUCCUUGCUAACGGUUCCCUUUUUUCAUUAUAGAUCCAUCUCCAAACCGGACAAUGUGUAAGCUCUUCCUCUUACUGUUUAUCUUCUCGCCAUAUAUUAGGCUAACAUCCGUACAGGGUAACCAAAUUGGAACUGCUUUCUGGUGCGAUCAGCCGAUUCUUAUUGCUAUCCCGGAUUAUCGAGUUAACGCAGUUUAACUAUUCUAGGCAAACCAUCGGUGGAGAGCAUGGUCUUGACGGGUCUGGAGUGUAUUUACCUCCCCCCCUUUCUUUUCACUACCUGACCUGGCUGGUGUGGUUUCUUUUGGUUCCGAGCUUCUAACAUGGUGGCCGUAGCUAUGGAGGAACCUCCGAUAUUCAAUUGGAGCGUAUGAGUGUAUACUUCAACGAGGUAUUUUUUUUAUGUUUACUUUUUCCCCUUGAUGACCCCUUUCUACGUUUUAGGCCUAGCUUACAUUAAUUUAGGCUUCUGGAAGCAAGUAUGUGCCACGUGCUGUGCUUGUUGAUCUUGAGCCUGGUACCAUGGAUGCGGUCCGUUCGGGUCCUUUUGGCCAACUCUUCCGCCCUGACAACUUUGUCUUUGGUCAAUCUGGUGCUGGUAACAAUUGGGCCAAGGGCCAUUAUACUGAGGGCGCCGAGCUCGUUGAUCAAGUGUUAGAUGUCGUCCGUCGUGAAGCUGAAGGAUGCGACUGCCUUCAAGGUUUUCAGAUUACUCACUCGCUCGGUGGUGGCACUGGUGCCGGUAUGGGUACCUUGCUUAUUAGCAAGAUUAGGGAGGAGUUUCCCGAUAGAAUGAUGUCUACUUUUUCGGUUGUCCCUAGCCCUAAAGUUAGUGACACUGUUGUGGAACCAUAUAACGCCACUCUCUCUAUUCAUCAGCUAGGUGGGUUCAUAAGUAUCUCCCGGUAAUGGUGAUUCAACUAUUGACCUUAAAUCAGUUGAAAACUCGGAUGAGACUUUCUGUAUCGAUAAUGAGGUGCGCAUUAAAAUUUAUUCAAGCUAUAAGCUUGGGACACUCGAUAACUAAUGGGUCAUAGGCACUUUACGAUAUCUGCAUGCGAACGCUUAAACUUGCCGCUCCAUCUUAUGGAGAUCUCAACCACCUUGUUUCGGCUGUCAUGUCCGGUGUUACCACUUGCCUUCGUUUCCCUGGCCAACUGAAUUCUGACCUCCGUAAACUUGCCGUCAACAUGGUUCCUUUCCCUCGUCUCCACUUCUUCAUGGUUGGAUUCGCACCCCUCACCUCGCGUGGAGCUCACUCUUUCCGUGCUGCCACUGUCCCGGAGCUCACCCAGCAAAUGUUCGACCCGAGAAAUAUGAUGGCUGCUCCUGAUUUCCGUAAUGGACGCUAUCUUACCUGUGCCACUAUCUUGUAGGAUUUCCUGUCUCGCGCUAGGUAAAUUGAAGCUGACACUCUUCAGCCGUGGGAAAGUUUCCAUGAAGGAGGUUGAGGACCAGAUGCGCAAUAUCCAAACUAAGAGCUCCGGUUAUUUUGUUGAGUGGAUCCCCAACAACGUCCAGACUGCUCUGUGCUCGAUCCCGCCUAAGGGAUUGAAGAUGAGUGCUACCUUUAUCGGAAAUUCUACCAGCAUACAGGAAAUGUUCAAGCGUAUUGGUGAUCAGUUUACUGUCAUGUUCAGGAGGAAAGCUUUCCUACAUUGGUACACCGGAGAGGGUAUGGAUGAGAUGGAGUUUAGUGAGUUUAACCGAGUCCCUUCAUGGGUUGUCAUUGGAAAUUAACCCUAUUGCAGCUGAGGCCGAGUCCAACAUGAACGAUCUCGUCGCUGAGUACCAGCAGUACCAGGAUGCUGGAAUCUCCGAUGAUGAGGGAGAGGCGUACGAGGAGGAGUUGCCAGCUGAUGGCGAAUGAUGUUUGAUCAAUCUGCCUCUUGACCAUGCCAGUCUGGAACAAUAAGGGAGGAGGGGGGAAGCAUGAUCAGGCGGUGGAUUUCUGUUUUAUUCAUUCUUGCUGUAUCGGAUUUAAUAUCUAUACCCAUCUCUGUUUUGUUUUGUCGGCCUAGGCGUGAAAGCGGUUGAUGGUGGGGAAAAAGUUUCGGGAUCUGAAUGGCAUGCUGUUGGUGGGAAUUAAUGCAAUGGUACAGUUCUUUGAAAUUUGGAGUAAUUGGGAGGUGUGAAGAGGUCAAUUCAUUGAAAUUUGUAUUAUCAAUUCAAGGAUGGAUUCAGUGUUGAAAUCACUGGUGGUUUAUGCACUAGCUUGUGAGCGAUGGGUCCUAUUCCUAUUAUACUGUCGCUCCAAAGUUAUAGAUGAUGCAUUGUGAGCAUCGCCCCACUCGGAUUGCCAUGCUGUGUGAUCCUACGAAGCGUAUAUUUUGGGAAAGGCUCGGUUUCGGACUAUACAAGUACGGUACUAGAAAUUUAAGUACGCU